GGACACGGAGGGAGAAAUAGCCCUGAGCGCAAGGCAACAAGCGCCCCAAGCUCACGCUGUUGCCGGGGCAGCCCUGCCAUUGCGCCGCAGGCAGCCCUUUGAGCGGCGCACCCUCGGGCGCUCGGCACUCACUGAUUGGGCAGCCCAGAGAGCUCCAGCAUGGCGGCCCAGGACGAGCUCACGCUGCUGGCCGGCGAGCUCGCAAGGAAAAUAGAAGGGACCAAAACCAAUAAGGUCUUCGCGCGCGGCGUGCCCGGUAUUACGAAUGAGACGUUCACGUCCGAGGCGGCGGUUCGCGCGCUCAUGACCUGCGAACGCCUUUUUGAAGUGGACGACGAGGAGAAGUCGCCUCAAAGAAGAAAGCGCGUGUCGCUCUUACCGAAUAAACUGUUGAGAAGGCAUUCGCUGGACUUUAGGAGGGCAUUGGACGCGUGGGAUCAGCUCGUCGCGCGAGGAUACGUCUUGCACGUCGACCCGGGGCAUUUAUCCUUAGAUGGAGAAAGGGAACUGAAGAACAAGGACGCCGUGAACAAUUCGACGCACUUCAGAUUUGAACCGUCUCGCUUCGCGCCGUUCGCGCUGAGGUGUGCCGUGCUCGCGGUGCGCGGCCUCCCACCCUCAACAACAGCGUCCUGCGUCGUGACCGUCGGUUCCCAGACGUCGGACUUCGUGCCCAUCCACGACGACGACCAUCGCGGCUCGGAAGCGGCGCGCGGGACGCAAUACUAUCAGAGCGAGCACCCGGCCUUUUCGCACUUCGGGUACGACCCCCACUCUGCACAAUCGGAAAUCUUGAGGGUGGGGUUGGAGUGGAGCGGUCGCAACGGCCGAUCGGGAAAUUGGGCCGUCGGCGAGACUUCCCUCUCGUUACCGGCGGAAGGUGAGCGGAAGACACCGCGACCGAGCGUGCCGCCGGCCUUCACCGAGGAUGAGUCGUUGCACGUGCCUCUCUUGAGCAGGAAGAACGACUUCGAGCAGCGGAGCUUCGAAGCUAUAACUUCGGAGCGAUGUACAUGGGUACGAUGCAACGUCGUCGAGGGGUCGGACAGUACUUCCACUAAAGUCGAGGUGUUAGUUGCCGCGUACACGGAGGCCCAGACGGCUUCUUCAUCUAAAUCAUUGUCGCAAGAUUUACAGAUCCAGAGCUGGCGCGUGUACGUGCGAGUCGGGCGGUGCGAGGGCUGUAGAUCAGGUGGCCUUUCGAGAUUGGGGCAACUGGGCAACAACGUGACGCUGCAAGCUCUAUCGAGGGUCGGGACCUCGGAAGCUAGAACUUUACCAAUAAAAAAAGAUUUCGAGAGCGAAGGCUGCGACUUCGGGAAUCAACGGUUGCGGUGCGUCGCGACGGUGGCUAGAAGGUCUGGAAGUGUCAAGGUGACCCUGAAGGAAUCUGCGGCCUUGGAGCACUGCGCCCUUGGUAGCGUGACGCUACCUUUACGCAAGGUACCCGUGGUCAAGGCGAGCCACUACUCCGACUCCUCGAAAAGGAAAGAACCGCCUUCCAAGAGGUACGACAUCACCUACCGGAGGAUGACCGGAAGUGACGUCAAGAACGGCGGCGUCUGGCUGUCGGUCUGGAUGACGCCGCUCUUGCCGCCUUCCACAGUGGCCAAGAGGGUGGUCCGGUGGAACUACUACUUCUUCAUGGGCAUGAAUUUUUUAUGUUUUUUAUACUUAUCAAGGCGCUUGGCCGGUGGCGUGACGCAGGCGGCGAUGAUGUGCUCGUUCAUACCUCUAUGUCGCUUGUUACUAGAGUUGCCGCAACUCCUAGGUAAACUGUUGACCUGGAUCCUGGCUUUAGCUGUGCCCGGCCUGAACAUGUCCAUGGGCGCCAUUCGAUUGCUAUUGUGGUUUUCCGAUACUAAGAGAACACCUACCUCUUCAGCGCAAGAUUUAGCCGCACUCGCGGCCGGCGCGUCGCGUCGAUUGUGUCUGAGGAUCGAGGUCGACGACUUUGCGAUCCGGAACCCGGGCCCUCGCGCGGCGCACUCGCACGAGAACUUUGUGAGUGCGCAGUCCGUUUCCUUAGUUCUGUCCUUUGAUGCUAGAUUGCUACACGGCGUCAUCGACACGUUGCGACAUUGGUUGCGAAGGACCUGGCGCAAGAAGGAGGACGACCUCCAGCUGAAGUAUCGGGAGGUCUUCAAAGAGAUCGAUACGAACGGUUCUGGUACCAUCGACGCCAGAGAGAUGAAAGCUUGUUUAAAAAGAUUAGGUUGCAAGUCGACGGAGAAGGAGGUGCAACGGGUCCUGGAAGUAGCCGAUGUGGAUGAUUCCGGUGAGUUAGAUUUCGACGAGUUCCGAAAGGCCAUGGUCCAUGCCACACAGUCGUGGGCUGGUGUUAUAAGGAGGUUCGGGCCCAGACAACCACCAAGUGUCGUGAGAUGGAACCCUUUUCCUUCGGAACAUGCGAAGGACCGGGCGCUGGACGACUUCGAGCCGACUAGAAUAGGCAGCAUCCGCAUGGACGACUUCACGGUGGACGGCGUGAACAUCGCCUUUAAUCUAAGUACGACGAACGAAUUCAACGUGUGCCACUUCGUGCGCGGGCUGGCGGAAGGCAAGGUGUCGCAAGCCAUUGGUAGGAGGAAGGCGCCCAAUACUUUACGAGUUACCGUGGUCUCUUGUACCGGGGUGACGACUGACGUCGCUCCCAAGGUCGUCCUGAAGCUGAGAGACGCGACGUGGUCUACGUCAGCUCGAGGCUUCGAGGGCAAGAAGCACGUCUGGAACGAGACCUGGACGACGCCGUGUUUCGACCCCUCUGCUGUCUUGCACCUUGGGUUGGUCAAUUCGAGGAUCGCCGCGACCUACAAGGACCUGGGCCAGUGGCUGAUCACGACGAAGAUGAUCGUGGUGGCGCCCUACCACGUCUUCGGGUCGAACCUGAAAUAUAAGCGAUCCGGGAACGAGUGGCACCUGCGGGGCGACAUGAUUUUGCGAGGGUCCGAUUUCUUAGUUGAGUCAGGAAAAGAUCUAACAGUAACCUUGGAGCUCUGCUACUACUACGACCCGAGGACCGAAGAGACGGAAGUGAGCUACGGCACGCAGAUGAACAAAUCUAGGAAGAGUGCCCUCGAGCAACUCCAGCAGAAUUCGGCCGAGACGACGUGGCGCAUGGGCAAUCUAAGCGCGUGCGGCCACAUGCUCGAGGACUUUCCUCUACUCUUCGACGUGCGGAAGUUCCAGAUCUCGCGCAUUAACUUUUAUUUGAAGGAUCUCUUCGCGGGGACGGCUACUUCUGAUAUGAUCGAGGCGGUUCGGUACGGUGUCGUUUAUGCCUUCUGCUCGAUGGCGUGACGUGACGGGGGCUUCGCGCCGACGCCGUCGCUUCGAUGGCAUCGCUUCGAACCACGCGAGCCCCGCGCCGCCGACGCGUCCGCUCUCGCGACGGGACGCCGUCGACGCAGGUCCACCUCAAGUCCUUCACGCGCGCCGCGUCGGGCAAGAUCGACGACCACGUCUGGAUCGAGAAGCUCGACCUAAGAACGCACCUCCAGGCGCCCCCAAGUGCCCCGGAAGGCAUCGACUUGCUCGCCUUGUGCCAGAAGUUACUCACGAAUGCGAUCCGGCCCGUCCUCAAGGAAGUCAAUAUAACAGGUGCAUUAGGACAUAUUGCGGGCGCCUUCUUCUCUUCAUCAUCAUCGAGGGGCCAGUCGACUUUGGAUGUGAUUCCGACCCCAGACGUAGUGGCGCAAGAAACGUUAAAAGGCAUGAAGGAGGCCCAGAAGAGCAUGAAGCGGGGUGUGGAUAAUGCGGCCGGCUGCUGUUUACUGGCGAAGGAUUCGUGUCUCCGGAAUUGCUUGCACGCGGGCGCGGACAAGUACUGCAACACGGACGACAACACUAUUUUAUUACGAUCAUCUAUAUGCGAGGGUUUGUUGGACAAACGGGUCAAAAGGUACCGGGGCGAGUGCUGCGCGUGUGGUGGCUGGUCUCGACCGGUACUGGAACAUGUGAGGUUGAAGAAGGGUUAUGGGGGUCUCGUGCUGUACUACACGAAGACGUCGGCGUCGGGCAACAAGGGCGCCACGAAGAAAAUAAGACUGCGGAAGGUGCGCUACGACCGCGACUCGCUGUCGUGUUUGUUGGAGGACGCGCGGGGCCGCAAGCGCAAAGAGGCCAUGUUCCGCAUGCCCGCUAUUUCUGACGUCGCGACGGAGGACAAGCGGCUGCCCCUCAAGGAGUGGUGGGCGGCGAUCGCGCCCGGCGUCGAGCCGAGUCAAAACUGGGUCGAGCUCCGCGUGUCCGCUGCCGAUGAAGUCACGGAGUCGUCGGAGGACGAAUCGGCGCCGUCGUCUCCCGUCGCUAGGAAGAAGUCGGUGCGGUUCGAGGAGGAGUGGUAAUUGUGUUCAUUAGCUUU